AUGGGAGGAGGCUUGCUACCGAGUGGUCUCCGACUGGCAAACCGGAGGAAGGUAAACGAGGUACAGCGGCGGCCCUCUGCCAGAUUCUCCGCGCGUGAGACGUUCAAUGGCGGAUGGAACCCAACAUCGGAGGAACAAAAAACUUUGUUUAUCGAUGGCCUAUCAGACAACACAUCCUACUACCAGGUGAAGGAAUUAGUCUCCAAAUUUGGAAGUUUAUCAAGUGUAUUUGUCCAGAAAGCCAAACGCCAGUACAGAAAGUUUAAAUUCGGGUUUGCCAUUUUCUUGAACAAGGAUGAUGCUACAAGAGCUAGACUGGGAUUAAAUGGAGUUCGGAUUAACGGAAUCCCGAUUUGGGUCAGUUUUGCUAGACGCCCAAUUGGUGAUAAAAAAAAAGGGCAAAACAGAGCCGUCAGGAAUAUCACAAGGUGA